AUGGGCGAACGCCAAACACAAACCACACCUCCGCGGGUGUCGUUCGGUGUUGAACUCGAAUUCUUUGUCGCCUUCAUUCGUGAGGGGGAAGCAGACCCUGACAAUGCCAUCAAGCACGAGCUGCAGCCUCUCGUCGUAGUUCCACCGGAUGAUGAAACCAAUGAGCACGGCGGGCCUCCUAUGGCAUACAGUUGGGACGAAGACUGGGUGUUCCACAGCAUUGGAGACGCAUUGGCUGAAGCUGGGUUGCCAGUGUACAGCCAGGGAAAAUGCGGUGUGCCUGGCUCUGUGCAGAACAUGCAGAGUGGAACAGCCAUAGACGCAUUCCAGCUCAAGCUGGACAUCUCUCUAAAAGCAGAUCACGUUGACGGAUAUCGCUGGCAACGCGUCGAAAUGAUAUCACCGGCCAUGCACAACAUGAAGCUUUCUUUCGACAUGAUCCGUCUCGCGGUAAGUGUAAUCACUACCAACUUCCGGUGCCGGGUGAACCCUAGCUGUGGGUUCCACGUUCAUGUAGGUGUAGGACCGACGCAGCGAAUUGACGCCAGGACGUUGAGGCAUUUCGCCGCCCUCCUAUGGGCCGCUGACCCCCUUAUCAGCAGACUUCAUGCUCCUUGGCGUUCUGCCCUUGGCUACAGCCAGUCCGCUCGAGUGAACGAUGUAACAUCUCUUGGAGAGGGCAGAGGUCCUGCGGAUGUGAUCAUUGAUAAAGGCGAUUCCUUAGAAAAGUUGAAGAAGGCAAAAUUUAUGGGAAGAGACCGUUGGCUUGGCGACUCGGUGGAUGUAGACGCGAACCCGGAGGCGAUGAAUCAUGAGAUGACGCUGGAUCAAGAGAAUGAUGAGGCCCUUCUUCAGGGAUACGAACCGUGGCAGCAUCGCCAGACCAUUCCGGAGGUCAGAGACCCCAAGACCUCUGAAGUUGGCCCUACCUCGCCAUUUGGGUUUCCUCCAUUUGCCUACAAGGCUCCUGUACCGAUGCCGAGGAAUUACCGCAGUUCUACACCAAACGGUGCAGUCCCACCCCGGCCCCGUCCUCCUCCGAUCAACAGACGUUACGCCCGUGUUCCCGGAACGAUGCGACGAGACAUGCGCGGAGAUCCGGGCUUCCUCGAGGGUUACAUAUUGGGUCAAGGAGGAGACAUUGAAUGCCCGGAACUCAAUAGGCCGGCUCGAUGGGACGUCAUGUCUGGUGUUAGGGAUCUCCUGGGUGCUGACAUAACCGUUGCCCAGGUCGGGCAACUGAUGACGCCCGCUUUUCUUCCUAAGCAUAUCAACUACAAGUUCAGAGCGUACGAUCUUUUCACCGUCGGGCUCCUGGGCUUACAUGACGAAGAGACGACGCGGACGAUGUGGCCGACGAAAGAACGCACGAUCGAGUUCCGCGAGGCGGCAGGAUCAUUGGAUGUGGAAUGGAUUGCAACCUGGGCUCGCAUCUGCUGUCGACUACUCGAAUGGAGCCGUGAUGCGGCGCCGGCGGAGUUUAUGUGUGUUAUGCGGCUGCUGGCGUGGGCUCAGGAAGAAGAGGGAGCUCAAUACGACGUGAUUGACUUAUUGAUCGAUCUGGGCUUGAUUACAGAAGCGAGGUUCUGCGAGGACAGGUUGCAGAAAGGGGACGCCGCGUGGUGGGAGUGCGCGAAUCUGGGCUACCUCGAGGGAUGCGAGGGCAAUCUCGGAGACGGAAUGGGAUGGCGGGUGCCUGAAUACCGCGACUACGAGUUUGACGAUGCGCAGGAUGGGGAUGGGCAACACUACCAAGGAAUCGCGCCCGGGGGCUGGAAUGAUGGUCACGGUGGUGAGUAUCGGGGCGGAGAGGGAUGGGAUUCCGAUGACGGUAAGGCUUUCGAGCUCGAGUGCAAUGCGCCUGGGGCUGGUAAGACGACCAAGACCACCAAAAACGACACAUCUGAAAGAAAGGCAGCCAGUGAUGCGUCUGCGGCUGUUGAGACCAAGCCAGGCGACGCAUCUGAAAAGAAGACAGCCAGCGGCGUGCCUGCGGUUGAUAUGACCGACACAGACGACGCCCCGGAAAAGGAGGCUGAUGGCGACGUGGAGCAAGGUGAGUCGGCGGCGCGGGCGUCCCGUAAAUCGAGCACCAGCACAGUUCGCCCGAGAAUCUCCAUUGAGUGA